AGUAUUCAUUUAUAUUGUAUAUUUUAUGUUGUAUAACUUUAGUUCCUAUGUCAAUAUUAGCUCCUACUUGUUCUGUUGUGGUAGGAGGGUUUUGUAUUGAACACGGCGCCGUGUUGGUUAUUAUUAUAGCAGAGAAGACAGCAGUAAAUCAACAAAGACAAGUCAACUGUGCCCCGAUCUACCACUCAAGAGAUCUGAUGGACUCAAAAAGUGGGUUACGAUUGCAUAUUAGUUUGAAAAUCGACCAGAUCCACCGUAUUUUUACACGAGUGACUGCCCGAUCCUAGCUACCGGAUAGUAGUAUUGACGCAGGAGGGUCGCGUCUCGGGUCAAAUAAUAAACUCUGCCGUUCUUUUCGCAUGCGUCGUGUUGAGCCGCUUCUGGGACGUGUCUAAAACGCGGCCGCACUGCGACUGGUGUGCAUUGGCUGAUUGACUUUAACGCCCGCGUUUCACUGCGCUCUCGCGGCAGCCACGUUGUCGCGCUGUUGACGUUUCUGGGUUAUACUGUCCUACCGUGUUGGUCCUCAUUAUAGUAGAGAAAUUGGAGUAAAUCUACACAAAGAAACUGUAACCCGAUCGACUCACAGCCUCGAAAAGUAAGGGUUACGUUACGUCAGAAACUCGUUCGGUACGCCACCGUUCCGAACCAGUUCAAUACAAAUACAUGCACCGUUACACACUUACACAUUACUGAUUUAAAUUACUGUAUUUAAAUGUAACCUACUGGCAACAACCAUAAUGAAAUUAGAGUUGUGAAGAUGUAAAAUUUAUACAGAAAGAAAUACAAGUAUAAUCACACAUUUUGACAAUCAAACCAAUACCUGUCAAACACCACUUUUCUUACAAAAAGCAAACUUGCAACUUUUCAUUGCAGCUGUAGAUUGUCCACCUGUCUGACUUGCGUUUGCCUUGCUUUAACUCGCCGUCUAACUGCUAAAUUUAAAUGAAGCUAUUUACCAACCGAGCCUGCUUGUUGAAAAAUUGAUAGUGGAGUUGCUACUAUAGUAACUGUUUUAAUGGCGCUAAGGUGUCUGUGGGUUUCCGGUCAGUCAGAUGGUGAACAACACUGAAGUGAGCACAUUGUGGAAAAACGUCUCAAUGGCAGGUGACAUAUGCAGAGGAAGUAAGGGAGCACAUAAGGACUCACCGUACCCAGGCAUGUAUAACAUUCGGGACUUUAUCGAGGAAACUGACUUGAAUCCUGUUAGGAAAACCUACGGAUUCAAAGGCACUGGCCGCGAACGCACGCCUAUGGGUUUGCAAAAAGGAGACAUGCUGCUACCUGGAGCAUACAACCUUACUGACUCCACCCAGGAAGCUCUGAAACGCCAGGCAUCCUGCUCUUUCAAACGCUGUCCACGGCCUGAUAUUGUCACUCUAGGAAUUAGAGACAAGCAUAUAAAUACUUCACCGUGCGAUUACAAUGUGACAGUGAAGCCAGUGGAGAAGACGCCAUGCACGCAUGCAAUGUUUCGGUCAAGCGUGCAAAGGAUCACCUUUCCACCAAAGGAAGGCCCUGCUCCGGGUGUCUACAAUCUUUCAAGCAAACCUGCAAAUAGUAUAACUUCCUGUUUUAAAUCAAAAGUACCAAGGCUCCACAGUGUGCAAUCAAGAACACCAGGGCCGGGCGCAUACGAACACCACUGGAGGUUUGGUAACCGACUGAGCACAAAGACGACAUUGGAUCCAUCAUUCAGCCUCCUCUUCCGUGACACUCCCUAGUUUGACUUUGUAAGAGUAGAC